AUGACCACUGCCCACUUCAGUUUCUGCCGGACCCUCUUGGAGCACACUGUGUCAGCCGAGAGCAUCCCUUGCCACCUGCCUCGGGCACCGGGCCCAAGCCUCACGUGGUGCGACUCCCGGAGCCAGAGGGCUUCCAGCCGCAGACCAGUCAAGCUUCUUCAGCAGCCUGGCACGGAGGCCUCCCAGGGCCGUCUGUAUUCUGAGCACUAUGGCCUGUACCACACAAGUCCCUCACUGGGUGGCUUGACCCGGCCUGUGGUCUUGUGGAGCCAGCAGGACGUCUGCAAGUGGCUCAAGAAGCACUGUCCCCACAACUACCUCGUCUACGUUGAGGCCUUCUCCCAGCACGCCAUCACUGGCCGAGCACUGCUCCGGCUGAAUGCAGAGAAGCUGCAGCGGAUGGGACUGGCGCAGGAGGCCCAGAGACAGGAGGUGCUGCAGCAGGUGCUCCGCCUGCAGGUGCGGGAGGAGGGGCGGAGCCUACAACUGCUCAGCCAAGCUUCCUUCGGAAACAUGCUGUAGCUGUUGCCCGGGCCUGGACCCCAGACCCCAACACUGUGACCGGAGCCCACAGCCAAGGAUGAGACAGAGCUGGCCCCACUUGGACGCUGGCAGGAUGCCCCAAUGGCUAAACCCCUCCCAAUGAACAGGCAGGACCAGAACCACAACCUUCAGAUGCCUCUGGUUGGCACUCCAGGCUGUGCCCUGGGGAAGGGGAGGGGCUACUUGUGUGGAGCCCCUCCUCCUGGGACCCAAGCCCAGGCCCACUCCCUAGUGCUGCUUGCAGCAGGCAGGGCAGCUUCCUGGAGCCAAAAUGGGGUUUGGAUGGUCCCGGCUCCCAGGGAGUCUGUUUAUUUACAUUCCCUUUACCUUGUGACCAUCUGCAGUUACCUGGCUCACCCAUCAUUCUCUUGACUCCUCCAGUCUGUGCCCUCCCGGGUGCCACCAGUCAGCUGACAGUGGGACAAUCUGCUUUGGCUCCCUUUGGCUUGUGUUCCUGCCCCACCCCCCCAGCAGGCCCAAACCAUGGUUUAGAGUAACGACCUUGAGUAGGCACCAACCCAGCCAGACGCCGCGGCAAGGCCUUCAGUCAUUAUGAAAUCUUUGCCACCUACUCCUGAAAUCAGAGGCAGAGAGAGGCCCAGGGUGCCCAUGUCCCAAAGACAAAAUGUGGUACUGAAAGGUCUCCAGCCCUGUUCAGCUCACCGAGAUCAGCAGCACUUCUGGCCUUACCUUCUGGAGAGUCUCGCUUUUAGGCAUCAUCCCAAAUCCCUGGCUCUUGGAGACCACCUUCAAGAAGCAGUCCUGAUGUGGGUCUCCUCUUGUUGUUUUCUCCAGAAAAUGUGCAUUUACAGGAGAGGCUCUCCUGAGGGUCUUCCCCUCACAUCUGCCACCAGGCACCUGAGCAGCCCCUUCCUGGGUGUUUGGGGGCUGGUGCUGCCUGGCAGACGAAUAAUAAGUGUGGUCUUUGCAGCCACCUUCUCAUUCUUCUGCCCUUUCCCAUUCCCCCAGGGAAUUGAAAAUCUCAGGGACAGGUGAGGCUAAGCCUCCAGUCUGUGUGCCAAGAGCUGCCCUUGGGACUUGAAGUAGACCAUUGCAGGUACCAAGUAGAAUUUGGACCACUGGCCUGAUGCCUUUCAUACUGUAUGUACCCCACCCACCAGGGACCCCUCGCAUAUCUGGCUGCUUCCAGUAUCCCUGUCCAAACUGUGCUACCCACCUUCAGUCAGAGGGCCCAUCUCUGCCCCUUUCCCUCCUCUAACUCGUCUAUCCAGUGUUCCUGUUUUGUCUUCCUUGUUUUUCCCUCACUUUUUUAUACUCUGACAAAAAAAAAACAAACAAACAAACAGAAAUAAACCUGGUUGUCAAGUAAGUGCCCAAAGUGCUGGGUCUGGGAGGAAGGAAUAUCUAGCAUAGCACCUGCAGUGGGAGAUCACUAGGAAGCAGGGUUCAAGUAUCUAGCAUAUGGGUGGGAAGAUGGCUCAGUGAUAGAGUGCUUGCCUCAUGUGCAUGAGGCCCUGGG